GGUGGAUCUGCAUACAACAAUGGCCUUCCUGCAGCUGCUUGGGUUUGUGUUUGUGCUAGCCUUCAGUGGUGUUGGUGAUGCACAGCGCCGUGGUAUGAGGCCCCCUCCGUGGGCAGCCAAGAUGCAGAAUCCUCAUGUCGCUGCGACCCGGACCAGGGUUCUGGCUGGGAAAGGCCACUCCCCAUCUCUGCAGGAUGAUGGGCUUGACUCGAAAUGGAUCCGGCCUGCAGGCGAGCAGCUCAAGUGGAAGUUUCCAGAACCCCCGGCAGAGCCAGUGAACAGGCCACCUGUCCAGUUCAAACUGCAACAGCCAGUGGUCUCCAACAGGGUGGCGGUAAAAUGUGGGGAGAGUAAGGUCCUGGUUGAAGUGAGUCAAGACCUGCUGGGCAUUGGCACACUGAUCAGUCCAGAUGAAAUCACACUCGGUGGCUGUCCAGUCACUGAGGUGGAUGACCGGUCCCAGGUGCUGAUCAUUGAAUCGGAGCUGCAUGAGUGUGGCAGCACACUAAUGCUAGAGGAUAAUGGUUUUGUUUAUACCUUCAAGCUGAUCUAUAACCCCAAGUCAAUGGCGAGGAGUCCCAUCACAAGGAGCCAGAGUACAGCCAUUGGAAUAGAGUGCCACUACAAGAACUAAACUGAAUAAAGUUUUAUGUUCUGUCAUUCCAUUGGUAAAGUGUCAGGUGGGUGUUGCAGCCUGUAGUUUAUGAUCCACCUUCAAUCUUUGUAAAAUACCUAAUUCCUUUUUAACGUUUGAAUGAACUAUGUUAAUGACUAAACAUUUGAGUCUCCUAACUUCUCAUUUCCAGGCAGCUUAAAUAGUGGAGUAGUGUUUUUCUUUUGUUUUUUUUUUUAAAUCUACUUUAAAGUUGUUGAAAUAAAUCUGAGCCAAAAAAGAUUGAACAGAGUUGUUGCAUCUCAAUCUGAAGAACCAGUGUCAGAAAUGUAGAUCUACAGAUGCAAUCUGCUGUCAGCCACAACAGUGCAUGCUGACACUAGAGCUCUUGUUUUUCACCUGUAACCUAAAUGGCCGUCUGUGGUUUGAAGUGGAAGUCUGUGACAUUGGCUUUUCCUCCAGGGGAGCUGCAGCUUUUGAAGCAGAUGACAUUCAAAAUCACAGCUUCUUCUCUGAGAUGACCAGGACUGGUCUAUAGGUGCUCACCAGUCUAGUCCCAAAACGCAUGUAAAACGCUUUCCUGAGACAUUUUGAGUUGUGGGAUGUGCUGAUCUAAUUGCAAAUAUUUUAGCAUAUAAGCACUGAUUGCUUUGCAGAAUUGAACCACAAAUGUGUCUAAAAAAAAAAAAAAGGAAAUUCAGCUCUUAUCUUGCAUUUUUCAAAGUUUAAAAUUCAGAAUCUUAUUGCAAUGCAUGUAAACGCAGCACAUUUUGGUGUAAACUACUCUAAAUAAAGGCUUUGUUUGCAUUGACUGAC